GCUGCCGCCGCCGCCCGCCCGCGCUCCUGCUGCCCGCCGGUUUCUUGUGUAGAAACUGCCCGAGUCCAAGAACGCGCGGCUCGCGGAGCAGCUUGCCCGGCGCGGAAGGACUCGAGAACCGCCUGAGUGCCUUUCCUCUGAGAAGUUCAAGGUGCUUUACAGAACCUAUCUGCUAUACAGGUCGUAUUUCUCACAGCAUCCCUGUGAGGAUAAAUCGGAGAUAAUCUAAGAAGAAAGGCACUAAGGUUGAAGAGGACCCCUAGAAAGGCUUCUUGCAGAAGGUAGAACUUAAUUUGGAAAUUGAAGACAACCAGAGAAACUAGGAGACAGAAAAUGAGGAGAGUGAGUUCCAGGCAUGACAAACAGCCAGUGAAAAUGUUCAGAGCUGGGAGAUAAAGUAUUUUAUUCAAGGAUCAACAAGAAGGCCAUAAGUAGGCAAUGGCCGCCAUCCGAAAAAAGUUGGUUAUAGUUGGUGAUGGUGCAUGUGGGAAGACAUGCUUGCUGAUUGUAUUUAGCAAAGACCAAUUCCCUGAAGUUUAUGUGCCCACUGUGUUUGAAAAUUAUGUAGCAGAUAUUGAAGUGGAUGGAAAACAAGUGGAGUUGGCUUUGUGGGACACAGCUGGUCAAGAAGAUUAUGAUCGCCUUAGACCUCUUUCCUACCCAGAUACCGAUGUUAUACUUAUGUGUUUUUCCAUCGAUAGCCCUGAUAGUUUAGAAAACAUCCCAGAGAAGUGGACCCCAGAGGUGAAGCAUUUCUGUCCCAACGUGCCCAUCAUCCUGGUUGGGAACAAGAAGGAUCUUCGAAAUGAUGAGCACACAAGACGGGAGCUGGCCAAGAUGAAACAGGAGCCAGUGAAACCUGAAGAAGGCAGAGAUAUGGCAAAUCGGAUUGGUGCAUUUGGUUAUAUGGAGUGUUCAGCAAAGACCAAAGACGGUGUGAGGGAGGUUUUUGAAAUGGCCACAAGAGCGGCUUUGCAAGCCAGACGUGGAAAGAAAAAAUCCGGGUGCCUUGUCUUGUAAACACAGUGGAAAGCCCAAGCCCUCACUCGGUUAAUUUUUGAAGUGCUGUUUAUUAAUCUUAGUGUAUGAUUACUGGCCUUUUUCAUUUAUCUAUAAUUUACUUUAAGAGAUUUACAAAUCAGAAAUCAUCUUGCUACCAGUAUUUAGAAGCCAACCAUGAUUGUUUAAUGACAGUCUGUGUCCAACACAUCUGUGCACACCAGGGUCCCUCUGACAUUACUCUUAAUAACCUUCUUCAUUCUCCCAACCAGCACACAUCUGGCACUAAUUCAAGGGAAUUCUUAACUUCUUGCUUCUUUCUAGAAAGAGAAAGGUGAUAACUUUUGUGAAUUGGGCUUUAACUACUUUUAUACCUAACAUGUCCUGUUGCUGUCAGCUGCAGGGCCCUCUGGGGAAUAAAUACGGAGUCACUUCAGAGCAGGACCACUUAUAAGGCUUUUAUUGGUGUAACUCUGGGGUAUUAUUCAGUUAUUUGAAAAUGGGACCUAGCCAAAUAGGCUACAAGUUCCCAUGCAGCUGUGGCAAAGCUACAGUUCUGUGGUUUCAUGUUAGUUACCUUAGAGUUACUGUGUAAUUAGUGCCACUUAAUGUAUGUUACCAAAAAAUAAAUAUAUCUACCCCAGCUUAGAUGUAGUAUUUUUUUGUAUAAUUGGAUUUCCUAAUGCUGAUAUUUGUUAUCUCUACAGAAGGUCUCUUUGGUUUUUGUUUUGGGGUUUUUUGGUUUUUGUUUUGUUUUUUUAAAGAACAUUUGAACAUAAAGUCAGAUGGAAAAACAUUUGAAAUCCCUUUUUGUCAAUUUCUCCAGUGAAUGACAGCCAUUAGCAGUUCCUUUUCUACACAACAUACUCCAAUGUCCACCUCAUCCCCUGGAGCUGGGGCCAGUGAAUGGGGAAUUUGUUCCACUGUAAGGCAAUGCUAUGGGUUCAGAAAUUCGAGUGAUGGUGUCUAAACUCAAGUUGCAGCAUCUUGGUAUAUAUGAUGUUUUCUUAUUUCUUACUCUAAAAGUGGUGACUCCCCUUAAUUUCCUUGGGGAGCUUGCUACCCAUUCUCUUUGUUGGUGGCCAAAGUCCCCCUUUGGAAGAACUUCUCAUUCCUCUCCAGCUGACUAAACUUUUUUCUGUAUCAGUUAAUUUUUCCAACUACUAAUAGAAUAAAGGCAGUUUUCUAAA